AUGGCUCCAACACGUUCUUCCAAAUCUCAACCUUCCAACCUUAGAUCUAGAAAUACUCGAUCCACCCGGAACAUCACCCAAAAUACAAAAGACCGACAAGCUGUAAAUCCCCGAGCUCCCAAGAAGAGGUCAAACCGCCACCGUGUGGAAGAGAGCGAUAACGAAGAAGAUGAACAGGAACACUCUUCUCCUCCAAACACACAGGUGGAGAUUACUCUGGAAAACUUUCACAGCCAACUCCAAAACUGGUCCAUAUACCAACUUCGACAAACCCUUCAAAAAAAGAAGGAAAGCAAUUCAAAUCGUCUUCCUCCAAACAUUCAAGACACCAUCUCUUUGCUCCAACAGAAUUACAUCAAAAGCAAACUGAUGUUGGCUCUGAUUGGCAAUUUAGUCAACCACCAGAAAGUCAGGCUUAUUAACACCAAAGGACCGGAUUCUUCCAACAAAAGUGGCGAGGUAUCUAAGCAAGCAUACAAGUCUUUUCAAAAACUCAACCGUGAACUUUAUACUUCCUCAACCCUCUACAACACCACCUACUACUUGUUGGCUGCAACCCGAUCACCUGGAGAAAAUAGCUUUUGUAGGGAGUGGUCUAACGAUGUUGCUUGGCUAACCCUUGCAAAGGACAAAUGGAAGGCGAAGGAGAGUUUCGAGGCUUAUAGCCAUGGAUGUGCCAUACAAGAAGAAGUAGAAGAAGCUCUUGGGGUUGAGAUCGUAAAGAAGCAAAAAGAUUCGGAUUUGGUUAAAAUAGAUCUCAGGGCUGCUCUCAACAAGGCCCUUGCGCUCGCCCGCGGGGUUCCAGCCGGAAGUCGUAAAUUUCCCAAAACCAAGGAUCCGGCAGCCGCUUUAAUCAAAAUAAACCCUCGCUUGAGAAUUUUACAGUCUGAAGAUUCCCUACUCCACAAAGAUAUGCUAGCUAAGUGUCAGCCUCUGGGUAACUAA